AUGAAGAAAACUUCCUCUGAUAAAAUUUCAACUUAAAAGAUUUAAUUCAAAAGCGAAGCCACAGUCUCUUAAUACCAAGAGUAAAAUCCUGACUUAAAACUUGUCAUUUUCGAAGGUGUAGUCUACAAUAUAAAUGAAUAUAUCAAUUUGCAUCCAGGCGGGAUAGAUAUUUUGCAAAAUCUUCUUGGUAAAAGUAUUGAUGAUGCUUUUGAAGAAAUUUCUCAUUCAAAAGCUGCAAGAAAUAUCUUUUAGAACUUAGAAAUCAUUGGUAGAAUGACAUCUAACAAUUUUACUGUUGACUUGAAUGAAUCAGAUACUUAAGACUCUGAUUAGGGUCAAUAGUAAGAUAAGAAAGACUGUGAUGGUUUAGAUGGGUACAAGUUAAAAGGCAAUGCUUGGAAACCAGAUUACAGUCGUAGCCUGAUAUCUUAACUUUGGUAUGACAAUAUUACACAUGAAGAGUAUGUAAACUUUGUAGAAGAGCCUAAGAUUUUAAUUAAUCCAAGAAGAAGCGUUAAGGUUUUUAGCAAUGAUUUCAUGGAAUUUUUUGUUAAAACUCCAUGGUAUCAUCUUGUGAUUUUCUACUUCCCUUUCAUUUAUACUUACAUAAUAGAAAGCAGGCAGGACAUUAUUUAAGAUGCUAUUUGGUUCUCCUUUGGUAUAUUUUACUGGUCAUUUCUCGAGUACCUAAUCCAUAGAUUUGUAUUUCAUGCUGAGAAAUAUUGGCUGCCCUAUAAUAAAGCAUUCAAAGUUGUUCAUUUCUUAGGACAUGGAAUGCAUCAUGCUUUUCCAAAUGAACCUAAAGCUACACUAGUACCAGUAUUACUCGGAUAUAUUUUGGUCAAGGCUAUGCUUGAUCCUUUUAUUAGACUUUUAUUGCCAGACAAUGUAGAAGAUAUUUUUAUAGCUGGUACAUUAUUUGGCUAUGUUAUCUAUGACUUAAUCCACCAUUUUAUUCAUUAGUCUUAGUUUAAUGGAGGCUAUAUGAAGACAGUUAAGCUUUAUCAUAUGUAGCAUCACUAUAAGAGUGGCUGGGCUGGGUUUGGAGUUACUCAUAAAUUCUGGGACAUUGUAUUUAGAACUGAAUUGAAAUUUUGA